GAUUAUUUGUUUUACACCUUAAAAUUUUACAAUUUAAUAAAAACAAAAUAAAAAUAUCAACUUAUUAUUAUAAUACAUCGUUUUUCAUUAGUUAUUGACUUGUGGAAAGAGAAUUUCCUUAUACCUUCUUACUGGACUUUAGUCUUAUUAAAUUUCCUUAUACCAAAGAAAAAUAAGUAAAUAAAUAAAUAUUUUCGUUUCAAUGCUCUCUUGAAGUGUACCAAAGCGGAACGAAGAAAACUCUGCAAAGUCCUAGAACAUAGAAGCUGCAACCAUCUGGAGUGAUCGGUGCUCCGGUCCGCGAAGACCUCAGAUCUGGAAAGGAUUUUGUUUUGAAUUUGAAGAGGUAAGCUGCUACAUCUUCCGAAUGAUAUUUUUUCCCCCGUUGUUCUAAUUAUGGUGCCCAAGGGUUAGAAAUCUUUUAAGAGAAUUAUUGGGUAUUUUGUAAUGGCUAUGUUUUGAUUUGAUCAAUGAACCCAAGGAAUGCUGGAGAUAUGAUAUAACAAGCUAACAGUAAGAUUUUGAAAGGGAAGGAAACUCGGAAGGUGGAUUGAGGGAGCUGAGAAACUGAAUUGUAGACGUAGGGAGAAGAAAAAUCGGGAGAGAUGCCUGCCCAGAAGAUUGAAACUGGUCACCAGGACACAGUCCAUGAUGUAGCCAUGGAUUACUAUGGAAAGCGCCUGGCCACGGGUUCAUCUGAUAACACCAUCAAGAUUAUUGGCGUAAGCAACAACGCUGCUUCACAGCACCUUGCUACACUCACUGGCCAUCAAGGCCCCGUCUGGCAGGUUGCUUGGGCACACCCAAAAUUUGGAUCAAUUCUUGCUUCCUGUUCCUACGAUGGCCGGGUGAUAAUUUGGAAAGAAGGCAAUCAAAAUGAAUGGGCACAGGCUCAUGUUUUUACUGAUCAUAAAUCAUCUGUCAACUCCAUUUCCUGGGCACCUCAUGAACUUGGCCUCUGCUUGGCUUGUGGAUCAUCUGAUGGUAAUAUUUCUGUCUUUACUGCCCGAUCUGAUGGCGGUUGGGACACUACGAGGAUAGACCAGGCACAUCCUGUUGGAGUAACAUCUGUUUCAUGGGCUCCUUCAAUGGCUCCUGGUGCUCUAGUUGGAUCUGGUUCUCUGGAUCCUGUUCAGAAGCUGGCUUCUGGUGGGUGUGAUAAUACUGUGAAGGUAUGGAAGCUAUACAAUGGGACGUGGAAGAUGGAUUGCUUCCCUGCCCUUCAGAUGCACACCGAUUGGGUGAGGGAUGUGGCUUGGGCACCCAACUUGGGGCUUCCAAAGUCCACAAUUGCAAGUGCUUCACAGGAUGGGACUGUUGUUAUCUGGACUGUGGCCAAGGAAGGGGAUCAAUGGGAUGGCAAGGUUUUGAAGGACUUCAAGGCUCCAGUUUGGAGAGUUUCAUGGUCACUCACUGGAAACCUAUUAGCUGUGACUGAUGGGAACAAUAAUGUAACUUUGUGGAAAGAAGCAGUUGAUGGAGAGUGGCAACAGGUGACUACAAUCGAUCCAUAGAUUCCAGGUUUCUGCUUUCGUAUUUUAACUGCAAUCUUAUGGUUUUUGUAUUUUGUCAGAACUGGCUGUAUGAGACUUUUUAUGAUUAUAGACUUUUUUUUAAUUAAAUUCAAAUGUUUGUAAUUGUAAUUGUUUAAGUGACAAUGGUUCCUAUCA